CCGGAAACAUGGCAUAAAAACCUAUGGUUGCAAGGAUCUGACCACUAGGGUUUUAGUUCUUGUCGCCGUCGCCGCCAUGUAUGGGAACUCCGGCGAGGCUCCCCCGUGACGCGGCGGCCGCCCCCCUCCAGGCCGUUGUCUCCACCGUCUCCACCGCCCAGAUCCUCCGGGCCUCCGGCUACUCCGCCGCGGAGCCCGCCGCGCUCCGCGCUCUCUCCGACAUCGCCGGCCGCUACAUCGCGUCCCUGGGACGCGCCGCCGUGGCCCUCGCGGAGGCCCGCGGCCGCACGGAGCCCAACGUCGCUGACCUCGUCCUCGCGCUCGAGGACCACGCGCCCGAUGGCUUCCCCGGCGCGUCCGACCCCGCGCGUCCCGUGCUCCGCUCUGGCGCGCUCGCGGAGCUCGCCGGGUUCGUCGCCGCGGUGCGGGAGGUGCCGUUCGCGAAGCCAUUGCCGAGGAGGGAUUCGGGCGGCGCUGGCAAGGGGUGGGAGAGCUUCAUGGCGGCGGGGAGGGAGCCGCCGCUAAGGCACGUGCCGCGGUGGCUGCCGCGCUUCCCCGAGGGGUGGGAGGAGCGGACGCGCGGCCGCGGCGAGGUGACGACGAAGGAUAAGGAGGACACGGGGGAAGCGGUAGCGGUGAUGCUGAACGGUAAUGGCGGCCUGGAGGGCAGGGGCGCCGUGCCGGAGAGGAGGGAGAAGGUGUCGUUCCGCGUGGGGAAGAAGAAGCGGCGGCGGGUGGGGCCGGACAAAUGUGUUGGUGGUUUCGAACGACUCGGGGAAAACUGAGAUAAUUUGCGGCUAAAACGUUUCGUGGUUGUGCAUCGAACUCGCGACGAUGAGUGCUCGCGCCAUACUGUAGACCACCGCGGCAGCAUGUGCUUCCGUUGUAAACUUUCCCUGAUU